CCGCCUAUCUCAGCACUACGAUGAAGCCACUGGCGAUGACGGCCGAUUCGAGCGGCCGCGCUGGCCACGUCGGCUUUGGUACGCCUCGGGGCUUACUGCGACACCAUAUGCAUUUACACAAAAAUGGCGGAACAUAAGAGCAGCGACCCGAAUCUUCAACAUCUCAUCAUGGCACCAACGAAAUACAUUGAUCGCCCUGUGCCGACCAUCUCCCUCCGCGACUUCGACUCUCGGAUGAACAUGAUUACACAGGAACUUCUCGAUGCUGCAGAGAACCAUGGAUUCUUCUGUAUCGUAGACCACGGCAUAACACGCGAUGCUGUUGAUGGGAUCUUUGACCAGUCAGCACGCUUCUUCAACCAACCUGAUCCCGUAAAGUCUCAGGUGCCUUUCUCCCCUCAGCACAAUGCUGGAUGGGAGAAGAACGCGCAAAUCAGGCCAUCGACUGGUGCAGUCGACCGCAAAGAAUCUUAUCAGAUGCAAUUUGGCGAAGGCAUGAACGGCCGAUGGCUAGAUGAUGAGACUUUGCCUGGCUUCCAGGCGGAGGCCCUGGCAUUCAUGCACAAAGUACAAGCGGUCAGCGAGAACCUCAUGAGGUGCUUUGCGCGAGGAUUGGGUUUUGAGGACGACUAUUUUAUCAAAGCACAUGAUGUCAGAAGGCCAGAGUCUCAGACGGUGUGCCGAUUACUACACUAUUUCGAAACUCCGCGGUUACCGAAUCCCACUGGGGAAGUGCAUCACAGAGCAGGUGCGCAUGCUGACUGGGAUUUUUUGACCUUACUGUUCCAGAAGGCAGGGCAGUCUGGCCUCGAGAUAUGUCCAGGACGGGAAGUUUCGACAUCGUUUGGCUACGGAGACGCUUGGACAAAGGUUGAGCCUGACGCUGAGAAGAACGCGAUCGUCUGCAACGUCGGUGACUUGCUCAUGUCAUGGUCUGACGACCGCUUCAAAUCCACAUUCCAUCGCGUUAAGGCUCCGUGUGAGCCCGACGACUAUUAUGGCGAGCGCUAUAGUAUCGCCUUUUUCAACCAACCGUGCAAAGACGCUAAGAUCCAAGGUCCGCUGAAGAAGUAUCCAGUGGUAACAGGAGAGGAGUUUACCAGAAAUGCUAUGAGUCGGAACUACCAGGCUAUACAAGAGAAGUUGAAGAAAGAGAAAGAGCUGGUGGUCAAGGCCGUCGAGGUGGACGCGACGACAGCUCGUACGGUCAGCGCUACCGCAUGAGGCUUACUAAGGGCCGAAUUGUAUUCAGGUGUUCAAUGUUACUUUUUCCGCAUGAAGGAUGUAUAACCGCGUAAGUUUUCUGGCGUGAUGUCGCAGUCUUUGCGUUGCACCGCUUCAGUAAUAUUGGCCACGUUUCGUUUUAUCUUGAAUCCCCUGCGUUGGAUCCCACCGGCUUCCAUCUCAUGUACAACCAGUAUGAUUGUAGUCACAUUCCUUUGGAUGUAGCAAUCUAACUGC